CUGAAGUCUCGUAAUUAUGGUAGAGCAUGAAUGUUUAUAUGCUUUCUUCCAUAUCUAUGUCCUAAACUUUGUAUUAUUUUUAAAAGUGAUACUUGAGGCAUAGACUCUCCGAGCUCUCUCCUUAUACAAAUUUCUAAUACAUGCUGACAAUAGAAUGAGUUGUGUUUCCUGUAAGAAACAUUGCUGAACUGAAAUCUUGAUAUUUCAGAAUGAUGAGUCCUGCUUUGUGGCACUAAGUGAUCUGGGCUACGAAAAGUGCUUUCUGACUUCUAUUGUAAGCUCACUGGGUGUAGCUUCUAGAAUAUUCUCAGGAUGUUAACUUCAACACACACAGGCCUUGUUGUGGAUAUGUCCGUGAUACAAGGGAGUGAGGCUUACUUUGGGGCAUGGUGAGAUGUUUGUUUGUCAGAAGAGUCACUGCUUCUGGCAAGGACAUGGGGUGAAAUAACCUUUGCUGUUGUUCAGCAACCCCCUCCCCAGGGUUACCUCAGGGAGGCCAUGAAGACAGGCUGUGUCCACUAACGCCCCCUUGGGGACUUCAGAGUGUAUGGUUCCAGCCUGGAAGACAAAGGGCCACCACGGCUUACCUCUUCCAUAAGGCUGAUCUGCGGAGUGAAUGUGGACGGUCCAAACUUUGGACUCCAGUUUUCUCCUCUAUGAAAUGAAGGCUUGAACUAUAUGCUCUCCCAACUCCUUCUCUCUCUUGGCUCUUAGAAAAUAUCAAUGUUGAGCUCAAGGAUGUCAUUCUCCGAGACAUGUUUGAUAUUGGUGAUGGGGAAACAUGACUGGGGAAUGUGACAGUCCUGCCUGUCUCUUCUCUCUUUCUUUCAUUCUUUCUUUUUGUCUUUUAAACUAAAUAUGAGAGCCCUAUUAUUGGGUUUCUUAAUGUUGCUCUUUGUCAAGCAAAAAUAUGCAUAAUGCAACCCACCUGUUUGGGGUUAGCCAGAUUGUUUAACCAUGGAUAAACAUACACACACACACACAACCUUUUCCAAAGACAUGUCAGUAAAGUUGUCCACAAUUAUGGAUUUUUCUGAAACACUCUAGCAGAGUGUUAAGUUUUCAGAUUUCAAACCAAGACAGUGGAAGAAAGUAGUUAAAGAGGAAGAAAAAAAUAAAUACCAAACCUAUGACUUUUCUGGAACUUCUAAAGGAAGAAUGCUAUCCUUGGGCGUAAUGGAAGUUUUUUUUCUAUUUUUUUUUAAGGGAAACAAAAAGUUGCCACACCUGUUGAAUAUAACUAUGAAUUGUUUAUUAUUAACAAGCUGAUGUCUGAUUUCUAACAAUUCUUAUUCAGAUAGAAGGAAAAUAAUGCCAUUUAGCAAUCUCUUAGACUGGGCUUUUGCUAUGCAAGUGUGGCUAGCAUCUUUUUACAGAAAAUAGAACCUGGACCAGGUCUUCCCCUUCUCACAUUUGUAACAAUUAAGUUUGAAGGAAAUUGUGGCUCCAUCCCCUGAAAUGGAGCCCUAACAGUUCCCCUGAAGUGUUUCAGAGCCUGAAGCCCAGCACUCCCUCUGGAACAGGCUUCAGACCUGUCGGCUUCCUGCCGGUGGAGAAACACAGCGGCACAAGACCCAUACACGGGUCGCUGUGCAGGAUGGUUUGCCAGUUUUUUCUUCUGUUUUAAGCAAAGUAAAAUGAACAUUCGGUGUCUGCAGUCAGCUCAUGGUCUCUGCUGAUGGAGCCCUAGCUGAUGGAGAAGUCUGCCUUCUUUGUUGAGGUCUCCUCUCCCCAGGAACCCCCGAGGAGAGCUCAACCCUGCAUUUUACAUCACAGGCAGGGCACGAUUUCUGCUGAUUCACGUAUUUUUGCCCUUUGUCGUGUAUGGAAAGAAAGGAAGGAUGAAUGGACGGUCUUUGAUUGGCGCUGCUGAUGAUGCCUAUCCUGGUCCUCUUUGGAGGGGCCCUUUUGGAAAAAAAACUGGUGAGGCAGCAUACAGAGGCUCCCCCUGGCUAACCUUGGCCCUGGUCCAGGGGCCGGCAGAACAGGAGCCAGAAGAGACAUCCAUGGAUGACAACCCCACUGCAGUUAAAUUGGACCAGGUUGGAAAUCAGGCUCCACAAAGUCGAGGCAGAAGACGCUUCCCCAAGGCACUUGGCUAUAUCACUGGUGACAUGAAAGAAUUUGCCAACUGGCUUAAAGAUAAACCCCAGGCUCUCCAGUUCGUCGACUGGGUUCUUCGGGGGAUAUCCCAAGUUGUGUUUGUCAGCAACCCCAUCAGUGGAAUCCUGAUUCUGGUGGGACUCCUGGUCCAGAAUCCCUGGUGUGCCCUCAAUGGCUGUGUGGGAACAGUGAUCUCCACCCUGACAGCCCUGUUACUUAGUCAGGACAGGUCUGCCAUUUCAGCAGGGCUCCAGGGCUACAACGCUACCCUGGUGGGGAUCCUCAUGACUAUCUAUUCAGACAAGGGAAACUAUUUCUGGUGGCUGUUAUUCCCUGUAUCUGCUAUGUCCAUGACUUGUCCAGUUUUCUCAAGUGCAUUGAGCUCCGUGUUCAGCAAAUGGGACCUCCCUGUCUUCACUCUGCCCUUCAAUAUGGCAUUGUCAAUGUACCUUUCUGCCACAGGACAUUACAAUCCAUUUUUCCCAAGCACCUUGAUCACACCUGUCACCUCAGUUCCCAAUGUCACCUGGCCUGACCUCAGUGCUCUGCAGUUGCUGAAGUCCCUGCCCGUGGGUGUGGGUCAGAUAUAUGGCUGCGAUAACCCGUGGACAGGAGGCAUCUUCCUAGGCGCCAUCCUCCUCUCCUCCCCACUCAUGUGCCUGCACGCUGCUAUCGGGUCCUUGCUGGGGAUAAUAGCAGGACUCAGUCUUUCAGCUCCAUUUGAGAAUAUCUAUGCUGGACUCUGGGGUUUCAACAGCUCUCUAGCUUGCAUUGCAAUUGGAGGAACGUUUAUGGCACUCACCUGGCAAACCCACCUCCUGGCUCUUGCCUGUGCCCUGUUCACUGCCUACCUGGGAGCCAGCAUGUCACACCUGAUGGCCGUGGUCGGAUUGCCAUCUUGCACCUGGCCCUUCUGUUUGGCCACACUACUGUUCCUCUUGCUGACCACAAAAAACCCCAACAUCUACAAGAUGCCCGUCAGUAAAGUCACUUAUCCUGAGGAAAACCGCAUCUUCUACCUACAAUCCAGGAAAAGGACGGUUCAAGGCUCUUUGUGAACGCAACCCCCAUCCACAGCCAUGGUCACAAGUCAUUUCUGACAAGCUGCCCCAGUGGACUUACAGAGCUUCAAAACUGUUGUUUUCACUAGUAACAAAUUUCAUACUACACCAUCAGUGAUGUGUUCUCAUGCUUAUUUUCUAUCUCUUUCAGUCUCCGGAACAGCCCUAUACAAGUCACAAGACUCACCAAGGUGAUGUGCUCUGGCUGUGGAAUUUUAAAGCCUAGUGGGGCACUGGCGCUAAGACUGUACUGUAUGUAUAGAGUCAGAAUGUUCCAACAGAAAGAGGAAGGAAGACCAAAGCUAAUUAUUGAUAUUUAUUGAUAUUCUUGGUGUUUGAUUGUACAUGAUGUUAACAGUAUUAAUUAAAAUUAAUCUCUAUAAAACCAAUCUCUUACUUAAGUGAAUGGAAUUCACAGUCACAAAAUCAAAGUCAGCCUAGGAUUCUCAGAUAAGCCUUCAGGCAUAUUUAAAAUCAAUGCAAGUUACUCAUUACAGCUGUGGUCCACAUCAUAGGGCCCAUCACUGAGUUCCUUCCCCAGCUUCUCAACAGAACAGCCUCCACGCUGUCCAAUAUGUGUGUAACAUUCUCUUAUAGGAGAUGGUGGGUUUGUUUCAGGCUGGCAGAGCUGCAGGAGAGAGAAUGGGAUCCCAUCCAUCAAAUUACUCUGUAUUGUCACUUUUCUUGGUUAUUGCAAAGGAUUUUUUUAGGUAGCUUAUUAUCUUUUUAUUGUGAGAAUGGAUUUGUUUUCAGUGAGGUAAAAUAAGAGAAGUUCCUGGCUAUAUCAGUUCCUAGAUAUUAAAGAAAAGUUAAAUUUCUCUAAAAUAUUCAGCAUAGCUAUUUUCACUUUAUUCCCUAAACUGAUUCUGUAAAGGCCACAAAAGCAGGGGAUCAAAUAUCAAAUCAUCAACAUCCAAGGGCCCUUUAAAGCCACAUUUUCAAUUCAUCUAAGGAUGUCAUGUAUUACAAAGACUGAAAGUUAGUGUCAGAUUGCUUCUGAGUGCUUAGAAGUUGCUUAAUUCUUAUUUUUAAAAAAAUUCACUAUUUUAUAAACAUUUACAAUAUUCUCACUCAAAAAUCAAUGGUAUUUGAACCACCAAAAAGAAAUACAGAUAAAAAAGUCUCCAGUUUUGCUUCAUUUGUGUAAGCUAUCAGUCCUGUAAAGAUUCUAUAACCGAACAUGCUGAAUACAGCAGUGGGAAACUUUGGAAUUUUAGAGGAUUGGAAAGUGAAAUUGGAAUCCUAAAGGUUUUUUCUUCUUUGAGUUUGAAGUAGUCAGUGCAAACUAUAGGAACAGAAGGGAAGUAAACCUACAAUUAUUUUAGGGAAAAGUUCACUUCUUCAUUUUCUCAGGAAAACACUGUUUCAAUUUAAAAACCCCGUGACCUUUGGAAACUAUGAGUUUGCAACUGUCAUAGAGUUGUGUAUAUUUUUGUGGAAAAACUCAAUUUUCAGUGUUUGAAAAAUCUCUUUUGUUAGGGAAUUCGAGAAAUAAGAGUUCGGAAGGGAUGGACAAAAAGGCAAGCAAACCAAAGAUCACCAGCCCUGGAGACCCUGUGCAUGGCUAAGUGAACCAGAGACUCCUACUGUCUCCAAGUCCAUCUUUACAUGAAAGCCCUUGUAGGCUGAG